AUUACAGCGAAUGUAUUGCGCAUGCGCAAUCCACAUAGGAGGGUUAAAGAACAGAUGCUGAAAUUCAUGAAAUUAUUCCACUAAUUUAUUACGAUAUUCAUCCUCUUCUCUCUUCAGAAAUGGCGAAGACAGAUCAAGCACUGAUUCUGGAUCCACCUAGCGAGCUGCGUUUCAAAGGACCCUUUGUAGAUGUGGUGACAGCAGAUUUGAAACUGACAAACCCCACAGAGAAAAGGAUAUGCUUUAAAGUCAAGACAACAGCACCAAAGCGCUACUGUGUUCGACCCAACAGUGGGAUUUUGGAGCCCAAUAAAUCAGUUACUGUUGCAGUGAUGCUUCAACCUUUUGAGUAUGACCCUAGUGAGAAGAACAAACAUAAGUUCAUGGUGCAGUCUAUGUAUGCCCCAGAUGGAAAAAUAGAGAGCCAGGACCAGCUGUGGAAGGAUGCUCCUCCAGAGAGUUUGAUGGACACAAAACUGAAAUGUGUUUUUGAGAUGCCUGAAACUCCACCACAGGUUCCAGUCCAGGAAUCAAUGCAGGAAGAAAAGGCAAAGAUUACAAAAACGGAACCAGUGACCCCACCAAAGACAAUUGGUGGAUCAGGUGACGACCUGAAAAGAAUGGCAGAUGAAAAUCGUAGGUUACAGGCAGAGGUCAAUACAUUGACAGAAAAUAACCAACUGAAGGAUGAAGGUACCAGGCUGAGGAAGAUAGCCAUGUCAGACACUGUGUCAUCCACUCCAUCUGUUCCUAGCCAUUCAUCAAUGUCUACAGUAUCCACAGCUAAUCCCUUUCCUCCUGUUGUCUACAUCAUUGCUGCGGUUAUCAUUGGUCUGUUGAUCGGAAAACUUAUCCUCUGAAAAACUCUUCCUGCCAUGUCACAACAAAGUUGUGAAUAAAUACUUUGUAAUUAAGGACAGUCCACCUCGCAAGACUUGACUGAUUGUUACUGAUUUUGAUACUUCUGCACUGCCCUUCCACAGGGACAUUUCCUUUCUUCACCAAUAAAAUAGGGGAUUAAAAAGCCUAGAAUAACGUACAAACUAGGAUUUGAUUGUUAGAUGUUAGCUGUCCCAGCUAAUGUCUCAAGUGCUUUUUCUUAAACAUGGAUUCAAAUAUAUGGAAAUAUGGGUUUUGAGGGACAGACUUAAACUUAUAUUGCUAACAAGAUAUUGAAAUGAUCAUUUGGCAAUUGCCAGCCCAAGAAAAAUGCAGCAUUCUGAAUAGCUAUCUUUGAAAGAUUGAAUGCGAUCUUUUUGUUUUCAUGAAUUCUCAGACAGAUGUUAAAAGUGACAAAAAUGAAAAUAUUUGCAUUUAAAAUUUUCCCCUCACAACUUAGCAGAUAAUGGCAUUAAGGAGUUUUAUGGAAUCUAUAUUUUCUUUUAUAUCCAGGGCAGAGUACUCUGUGUGAAAAUGAACAGUGUUUCAUGUCCAUGGUGAAAUAAAUACAAAGAUGAGUGAUUCUCUUGGCAGUUUUGUCUGCUUUUUUUUUUUACCUUUUAUUGUAUGGAGUAAACUGAUAUUCAACCUAAUGGUUCAAUUUUUCUCUUCAAACAACAAGCAUUAGUGAUGAUUUUGCAGCCCCUGUAAGAUGUAUUUAAAGACAUUUUAAAGAAUAUUAUUCAGUCAGAAUAUCUUCAUCUGCUUGGUUCUUUUUUUUUCUUUCUCCUGAAAAGAUGACAGUCGAUAUUCAUGAGUUAAUGUCUAAGCCUAAAAAGGUUUUAGGGAGCUGAGGUUAUAUCCUCAGAAGUCUUCAAGUAUUACUGUUCUGUUCUAGAUACACGGUUUUAUUUGGUCCAGUAUGUACCAAAAGGCUUGAUUUAUUUUGAAUGUCAGGAAACUUUUUAGAAAUAAUCUUGAGCAUUCAUGAUAAAGGAGGAUCACAAUUAUAACAUAAUGAACUUGACAUCAGAAUCAUUAUUUGGGAUCAUAUGGGUUGAAAAUCCUUAUCCCUCUCCAUUUUGUAAGUGAGGAAUAAAAUCAGUUUAUAGUCCUAAUUUGCAUAUUGAUAGAGGCAACUGUAAAGGUUAGCUUGCAGUGUUUGGAAAUAGUGCUAUAUGGAAUGUGUUACAAUGCAAUAGAAUUUAUAAAAACAUUUCCCAAGGUGAUGCUUCGAAAAGUCACAAGGCCUGUAAAAUAUCUGGGGAAGCUUUUGACCUUAAAUCGCCUUUAUUCUGGUUUAAAUAAAGGCCAUGAACAGAUAAGCAAGUUAUAAAGCACAAGUUCUACAUCAUAUUGCACGUUAAUGGUAUUUUUACUUAAAAAUAUGAACACUUUAGCAGCACUGAAAUCAAUGUCUUCAUGAGCAUGCCGUCAUGAGUGUGUGCACACAGGUGUAAAAUGUGACUAAUAUUUAUCAAGAGUUCACCUCAGGUAAAAGACUGGUCAGUGGAAACAUUGAUAGGAGGGAGGGGGCAACCAAAUUCUCUUCAUUAGAGAUUUUUAUGCCAAGGAAUAGUUUUUUUCCCUUUUGUAAUAUUUGCGUAUUAUAAAAUUUUGAAUCUUAAAUUUAUCCUUGGGAGGUAAUUCCUUAUGGUUCAUUAAAAUGUUUAGCUUGACAGAUAUUUUCAAAUCCAAAUAGCUGAGACCUGCAAGUAAAUUGCCCAACUGGAUAAAAAGUCAAUUAACAGCUGCGUAUUUACUUUCAUAAUUGGACAUGUCCUGAAAUCAGCUGAACACUCAGGAAAACCAACAAACUGUCCCCUUUUUGUCUACCUUACUCUCCCGAAGAACAGCAAGAUGCAAGUUGUAAAUAAAUGGAGAUAAAGAAUGCUAAAAUGAGGAAUCUUAGGUUCCUUUCUACUUGCAGAUUGUCACCAAUAAAGUGAAGGUGACUGUCCCGGGUUCAGCUCUCAUCUUGGGCACACUGUUCUUUUGCUGCUUGUGACAUUUGUUUACAGGGCUGGCUACCUUGCAGCAAUAUAGCCUUAGUUGCUGGCUUGGCAUAAAACACCAGCCACUCCCCCAUCCCUCUACAGAAACUUUUUCAAGGAGGGGUUAACAAAAAUGCAAAGCUGAAGUUUUAAUCUCCAUUUUAAACAUGAUUGAGCCACACUUCAACUUAAAUCUUGCACUGUGGAAAACACUGUUAGACCUGAACGUUGCCGAUCAGCUUUGAAAAGGGCAUUAACAGUCAAAAUGAUACUGAAAUCCUUGCUGUUCUCAUGUGGUUCGUGAAUAUGAUAGGUUUCUUUGUUUAUUAACAGCCUUCAGGAAUCAGUACUUGCCAACAGUUUAAAAAAAACUGUCAGUACAUCAUUAAAGUUUAUUUGAUUUAGGAGCAUUUAUAAAGCAAUAUUUUUUAUUAAAAAUCCUUCAUUUUUCUGUGUAGGUCAAAGAGAUUUAUGUUGUAUUUCAGCUUGGUACAUUUUUCUUUGCUUGUGCUAGUUUAAGAUUUUGCAUACAGCAUUCUUCAUAAUGUAAUUUUCUUAAAAACUUAUGGUCAUAGAUCAUCGGAAUGAGUUUGUCUUAGCAAAUCAUUUAUGAUUUUUGUAACAGAGUCUGUUUCAGGAAAAUCAAUUUUUGAGUUGAAAGUGAGCUUGAGUCCGUCUCUGAAGUUCUGAACCGAAACCAGGUCUAAUGAAGAGACUGGUAUCAGAAUCUUAAGUGGUAUUGUGUUGUUUGCAAACGCAAAUAAAUGGCUCGACUGUAACAUUCAGUAUAGUGAGACCAUUUCAUCACAUUUUGAAAGAGUGUUUAGUGGUAGAUUUGUGCACAUAUGGAAAGCAUGUGGUUUUUGGUUUAAGCCUUCCUGAUCUCUUCUUGUCUGUAUGCCUUUAGAGAAAUUGAAUAAAUUUUGGGGAAUAAAUGAGAGGCCCAACUUGAAUUUAUGUUGUUGAGUCUUCUUCCCUAAAAGAUUUGGAGCAAUGUUUUUCUGCCACCCACAAUCCUUUCCCCUUAGAACAUAGAUUUUGUUCUUUUUAUGUGAAUAGCUAACAUCGUGUACAUGUGUAGAUCAUGUUAUGAAAAGGUAUAAAAGGGAGAGUCAGUAGUUUAAAAAAAAAAUACAAGCUCCUCCUCAAAAAAUAUCAUCAGCAAGAAUAGCCAUUUGUGCAUUAAUUUUUUUUGUCAAAUGAGAAAUAGACAACAGAAUGCAGAAGGUGUGCCUGUAGAUAUGAAGAUUGUAUUUCUUUUUUUUCUUUUUUUUUUUUUUUUUUUUAAUCUGUUGUAAAAUUUUGUGUUUUUUUAAAGGGUUUCUUCACUGCAACUGACAAGCUACAUAGAAUUUAAAAAUUAUUUACCUACAAAUAUAAUCAUUUUUGGAAAGGGAUGUCAUCUUGCCCAUAACAGAAGUAUGUACAAUUGUUUAGCCCUUUUUUUUUUUUCAAAAGAAUGGAACCUAGGAACAGGGUUUUUUAUGACUAAUAAUAUGAUCAGUCAGCCAACAGCUAACAUUUUUGCACAUUUUGUUUGCCUUAAGUUUCUGUUGAAAUCUGUGAACAAGAUGACAUAAUAAUUUUCUAUAGGUGGCAGAGCAUGUGAGCAUUUGAUUGGCCUUUGUAUGGUGAAGAACUGAACAGCGCAUAUUACAUUUCAUGAAUUCGUAUGGGCUUAUGCAGAUAAGGUUUGACUGGCUCCUGUUGAAAAGGAAUCAGGUGCUAGUUAUUCUUUCGAUAUGCUGUAACAGGAUGUAAGUGGACCUUAAUCUAAUAAUGGAUUGUUUAUCCAUUUUUAACAUUUUGACUUUUGCACCUCGGAUACAGAAGCCCCAGUCUGUAACUGCUUUAUUCCUUCAGGUAGAAUAUUUGUCAUUGCACUUGCGACCUCUAAUCAGCUCCCAUGGCUGACUAUAUUCUUGACAUUGUUGACACAUCAGUUUCUACACUCACAAGAUGAUUAUCAGAUUUGUUCCAAGCUGUAUAUAACUGCUUGCAGUUUGUUUUUUUUGUUUUUUAAGACCCUCUUAAGUACAGUGUGCCAGCAUCUCUUGCAGCUUACUCAGAUGAUAAUGUGUGCGUGAACAGGAGAGCAAGUAAGCUGUGUGAUUCAGAUGUCUGAAAGAAAUUCUAUUAGCAGAGAGGCAUCUGUAUGCAUUCAUUCUAAGAAUAUAAUAGUACAUUUCUGUAUUUGAUAUUUCACUAAAGGGAUUCCUGAGAGAAAGUUAUAUAUAUAUAGUUUAUACUAAGAUACACAGGUAAAUGCAACCAAUGUAUAUAGUCUGCUCUUGUCCUUAUACGCCAUAAUCUUUGGAAGCAGAAUUAAAGUGGUAAAUGCAGAUUUCUUUGUACAAAGUCCCUUGGUGAAAGGGCAAUAAAUUUUUACUUUGUAUCCAUUUUAGUGAAGAUGCAGAUGCGGGCCUACGUAGAAAUAAAAUGUAGGUGUGCAUGGAGGAAAAAAUUGGGAAAAAUCUGAAUAUAUGUAGUACAUGUCAGUGAUUAAAGUCAGGCUAAAGUAUUUGUGUAUAUUUUGUUUGGUGUGACUGUGAACGGCUUCUGUUACAUCCUUGUGCAAUAUGUGCAUUCUUGAGACUGUCUUUUGUGAAAAGUCUUCUUGCAGUUUUGAGUAUUCUGUAUAUAAGUUGUUCAGUCUGCUUUUCUUUGGAUGUUAUCUAUGCAGAGAAUCUUGUCAUGUUGAGUAUUUUAGUUUUUCCAGAAUGAAGCUUAAUCUACAUUCUGUCUUGCAGUGGCAUGAAUUGUGGCUGCUUUCUACAUUAUAGUCUAGAAUUGCAGCCUGUUUUUCUAGAGCACUAUUCAUUUUUAUAGAACUGCACAGAUAGAUCUGGGCGAUAUUUUGGGGGAGGGGUUAGCAAACAAGGUAGUAGUGAAUGAGUGAUGUGAAGAUGCUAUCAGAUAAAAUUUUGUAAUCUUUUUCUCCCCAAGUUUUAAAUUGUAUGGGUUAAAUGUUGAUGCCUUACAGUUGAGAGUAUAGUUUUUCAUUGCAGGCAUUCAAUAAUAAUGGUCUGAACUUUUUUUGCACUUGCGUGACAAAUGUUUCUGUUUCUCCAGUUUCAUUAAAAGUUGCUUCUCUCCAAUGUA